GACAGAACUUUCAAAGCUCCUGUGCUGCGGUUAUUUUUUGAAUUAUUAUUUUUCGGUUCGGUAUAUAAAAGCCCUGCCAGGUAUCGUUGGAAGAGCAGAACUUCAUCAUCAGGCACAGCAGCAGUUUUCACACUGCAUCUUCGCCGAAAUAACGUUAUCAAAGAUGAAAUUUGCGCUGAUUUUCCUGAUGGCGUUCGUUGCCGUGUCUCAACAAUUUUAUCUUCAACGGCCUAACAUUCCAUUUGUUUGGCUGGCACCUCACCCCGCAGCACGAUUCUUCUUGAACAAUUACCAACCACUAGUUGCCUUUCAUGAAGAUUUGAACCGAGAUUCAGCGGAUAGCCAAAGUAACACCGAUGGUGAUCAAGAUGAAUAUCCCGACGUACAAUCAAGGAUCAAAGGCAACCGGCCAGCAGUGCUAUCCAACAGCCAGUCUCAGAACGGACGGUUUCUGGCCAAUAGCUUCGGAAACACCAAUUUCAUUGCCACCACAACUACUAGUACCUUCACAACGAUUAGCUUGUCUACCAGUACAUCUACCAGCACUACCACCAGCACGACGACUAGUACCAGCACGGCUGUCAUCACUAACACAGCCAUUUUGUCGCUCACCUCGGUAGUGAAAUGCGUCCCUUCUUUCCAACUGUUCCCAAAUCGAGUUUCUUGUGGAAGAAAGAAAAGAGGAAUUGACGAAGAAGAUGAUGAAGAACACCACCAAUAUGUUAUCUCUCCUUCGGAAACACUUGAGUUGAUGCCUACUGCUCUGCCAUCGGAAACACGUGAACUGGCCCUACCUGCCGAACAGCUGAAAUCCUCCAAAGACGAAGUUGCCGAGGGGUGCAAGGAAGAUAAGAAAAGAGAUAAACGACUUUUCUUCCUAAACAGAAAUUUCUAUACGACAUCGACGGUAACGGCAACGACAACAUCGACCACGGUUAUCGUUAUCCCCACGACAACGGUGACUCAGUCAAUUUCCACUGCUACUGCAUUCGCUACAACAACCUCCACUACCUUUGUAUUUUCUAAUUCGACUGUUACACAAAUUAUAAAUCUAAUCAAUAACCCAGUGCCAACUGUUCAAUGUCAAGCAGUAGCCGUACCUGCUGCUGGUGCAGUACCUGCCAUACCGCAGUGCGUUGCCUGUUUACCAGUAGGCUACGUUGUCUGCACUAAUUAAUACCGGAAUCAAUCAAUCUUU